AAAAAGCAGAACGAGCUCGCUUCAGAUCUCCCCUUCUUCCUCCUCUGGAAUUCUAAAACCCUCAACAUCUGCUCUUUGCUUUGAUGAAAAAAUGGCUACCACUUUCUUCAAGAGGCUCGCUAGAGCUGUGCCGGUGGCAUUCUCCGAUGCAUUUGGAGCUCAGCGGAAGUCCAUUUACGGCGGAUUGCGCUUGCCGGCGAUGGCAGCGGUGUCUGCUGGAAUUUCCUAUUACUACUACUUCUCUGAGCCGAACUUGGCUCAUCUAGAUCAAGUGAAUGAAGAGACAGGUCCAAAAGUUGCACUCAAUCCAGAUAAGUGGCUUGAAUUCAAGCUGCAAGAUACUGCAAGGGUCAGCCACAACACGCACUUAUUCAGGUUUUCAUUUGAUCCCAAUGCCAAGUUGGGUUUGGAUAUUGCUUCCUGCAUUCUUACAAGGGCUCCACUAGGGCUAGAUGCUGAAGGAAAAACUAAAUAUGUUAUACGACCGUAUACUCCAAUAUCAGACCCAGAUGCUAAAGGAUACUUUGACUUAUUAAUAAAGGUGUAUCCCGAAGGAAAAAUGAGUCAGCAUUUUGCAAGCUUGAAACCAGGCGAUGUUGUUGAAGUUAAAGGGCCCAUUGAAAAGCUCAGAUACACUCCUAACAUGAAGAAACAUAUUGGAAUGAUUGCAGGCGGCACAGGCAUAACACCAAUGCUUCAGGUGAUUGAGGCUAUACUGAAGAAUCCUGAUGAUAACACCCAGGUAUCACUGCUCUAUGCCAAUAUUUCUCCAGAUGAUAUACUGCUCAAGCAGAAGCUUGAUAUACUUGCAACUAGCCACCCAAAUUUGAAGGUAUUUUACACAGUGGACAAUCCAUCCAAAAAUUGGAAAGGUGGUUCAGGUUAUGUAUCAAAAGACAUGGUUGUGAAAGGUUUACCUGCUCCUGGUGUUGAUACUCUUAUCCUAGUAUGUGGUCCUCCAGGGAUGAUGAAUCAUAUAUCUGGCAACAAGGGUAAAGACUACUCACAAGGAGAGCUUGCCGGCAUACUCAAAGAACUUGGAUAUACUGAGCAAAUGGUGUACAAGUUCUGAAAGAUGAAGGUGGCAUUUGAUGAAGCUGCUUUUCUCAUGUUUCCAACACAAAUUUUGUGUAACAAUGCCCAUUCUUGAAAUGGCAUUUGGGUAGAAUUUAAAGCAAAUGGAUAUUAUUAAAUAAUUUGCUGAUAGUACACAAUUGAAGCAGAUACUUUUUUCUCUUGGGGGCAAAUAAAGCAAAUACUAAUUG